CACACACACACACACAGCUUAUGACAAACAAUUUCAAUCAAUAGCAUUUACAUCUUCAACUUUGUCUUUUUUCUUCUUCUUGGAUAAAAAAAAGGGGGUUCAAUUCAAACAAACACCCCAUGUUUAUUGCUUUGAGCGGGAUUUCACCAUGAAGGACUAAGGAACCCACACCACAUUUUGUGUUUUCAAGUGGCAGCUCUGUCUUUACUGUUGUCCCACUCCUCUGAUCACCACUAAAUUAAUAAUGAGUUACAGACAAGAGUUAAAUAGUCUUGACAAAGACCGAACGUACAGACAGAUGAUGGUGACUAAAUAAACGAGGGGCGCGACAGAAGAAACAGAAAAAGGGAAGGAGGAAGACACAUUCUAAUCUCCGCAUUGCCACGGCAACCGUUGUUCACACACACUCACACACGGAGUUGUCAGAGGAAACCUCGCCGCGCUGUAUCAUCCAGUGGAAGAAGACGGGAGGAUGAGUCAGACGACAAGAGACAAAUGAGAGAGCACCUCGCCCCUCUCCAUCUCUUUCUCCAUUCGUCAUUUCUCAAUUUAUUUUUUGAGUUCUCCUUACACACUCAAACUUGACACACGCACACUUGUUCAAGCCAAGUGCUCAUCCCUCACUCCAUAAGCCCUCUUCACGUCUACUCCUCUCUGCACGGCUUCAUCUGUUCAUCCUUCCCUCCACCCGGUGCUAUGAGAGGAGUAGUUGGGUCCCAGACCACACCACCAUGCCAGUUCUGAAGAGUGGAGAGGAGAUCUGGGCUGGCAAUGUACAAGGUACUGCAUUUACACUCCUCCACGAUGCUUGUCAGCCUCCUCUCCCCCUCCCCACUCCAGGACAGGCGCGUCACCUCCUCCUUCCCCCCUCCUCCUCCCGAACACACCUCUUCCCCUCAUCAGCAUCCUCGGCUGGCCCUUCCCUCCCUCUCCCUCCCUCUCUCCCUAUCUCUCCUCCUCCUCUCCCUAUUCCUCCUGCCCAUCUGCGAGUCGGCGCGGUCGCCUGGGAGGGGCGGAGCUGGCCAGGGCGGUGGAGCACCAGGAGGAGCACCCGGGACGGGAGGAGCAGGAGGCGAGAAAGGAGGCCAGAGGGGCACAAACCUCAUCCCCCCUCACUACCCCCCUUACUACCCCCCAGUAUCCCCCGCCCGGCCCCCUGCGCCCCCAUUACCCCCCAAAGUGGCCUCCUCUCUCAGCAUCGCCGUCAUCCUGGUGGGCAACUCUAGCGAGGUGUCGUCGACCUACGUGGAGAAAGAGGAGUUCCUCCAUGUACCCCACCCUACCAAAGUCCAACUGGAGACCAUGAACGACACGGACCCCAAGAGCAUCAUCAACCGUAUCUGCACCCUGAUGACCAACACCUGGCUGCAGGGGGUGGUGUUCGGGGAUGACACGGACCAGGAGGCCAUCGCCCAGAUCCUGGACUUCAUCUCUGCCCAGACACACAUCCCCAUCCUGGGCAUCCGAGGAGGCUCCUCCAUGGUCAUGGCUGCCAAGGACGACCACUCCAUGUUCUUCCAGUUUGGCCCGUCCAUAGAGCAGCAGGCCUCCAUCAUGCUGAAGAUCAUGGAGGAAUACGACUGGUACAUCUUCUCCAUCGUCACCACCUACUACCCCGGAUACCAGGACUUUGUCAACAAAAUCCGGAGCACCAUAGAGAACAGUUUUGUGGGCUGGGAGCUAGAAGAAGUCCUCCUGUUGGACAUGUCUGUGGAUGACGGAGACGCUAAGAUCCAGAACCAGAUGAAGAAGCUGCAGAGCCCUGUCUACCUGCUUUACUGCACCAAGGAGGAGGCCUACACCAUCUUUGAGGUGGCAAACUCUGUGGGACUGACGGGAUACGGGUACACCUGGAUCGUACCGUCGCUAGUGGCCGGCGACGCCGAUAAUGUCCCCGCCGUGUUUCCCACAGGGCUAAUUUCGGUGUCGUAUGAUGAAUGGGACUACAGUUUGGAGGCUCGGGUGCGGGAUGCAGUGGCUGUCAUCGCCAUGGCGACCUCCACCAUGAUGCUGGACCGGGGGCAACACACACUGCUCAAGUCAGGCUGCAACGAGACCCCUAACAAGAAGGGCUCCAAACAAGGCAACUCUAAUGAAGUGCUCAAGUAUCUGAUGAACGUGACGUUCGAGGGACGUAACCUGUCGUUCAGUGAGGAUGGAUACCAGAUGCAUCCCAAACUGGUCAUCACCCUGCUAGACAAGCAGAGACGCUGGGACAAGGUGGGUAAGUGGGAGAACAGCUCCCUGUCCAUGAAGUACCACGUGUGGCCCAGGUUUGAGCUGUUCUCCGAUGGGGAGGCCCGGGAGGACGACCACCUGUCCAUCGUGACGCUGGAGGAGGCUCCCUUUGUCAUCGUGGAGGACGUGGACCCCCUCAGUGGCACCUGCAUGAGGAACACCGUGCCAUGCAGGAAACAGCUUAAAAUACUCAACCAGACAGUACCUGGCCAGUACACCAAGCGCUGCUGUAAAGGUUUCUGCAUCGACAUCCUGAAGAAGAUCGCCAAGCAGGUCAAGUUCACCUAUGACCUCUACCUGGUCACCAAUGGAAAGCACGGCAAGAAGAUCAACGGCACCUGGAAUGGAAUGGUCGGGGAGGUGGAGCAGAAGAAGGCCCACAUGGCCGUGGGGUCACUCACCAUCAACGCGGAGAGGUCUGAGGUCAUUGACUUCUCUGUGCCCUUCAUCGAGACGGGGAUUAGUGUCCUGGUCUCCCGUAGCAACGGCACUGUCUCCCCCUCCGCCUUCCUUGAGCCGUUCAGUGCGGACGUGUGGGUGAUGAUGUUUGUGAUGCUGCUGCUCGUGUCGGCGAUCGCUGUGUUUGUGUUUGAGUACUUCAGCCCGGUCGGCUACAACCGCUGCCUGGCAGACGGACGAGAGCCCGGUGGCCCCUCCUUCACCAUUGGCAAGGCCAUCUGGCUGCUGUGGGGCCUGGUUUUCAACAACUCUGUCCCCGUCCAGAACCCUAAAGGCACCACCAGUAAGAUCAUGGUGUCGGUGUGGGCCUUCUUCGCUGUCAUCUUCCUGGCCUCCUACACUGCCAACCUGGCUGCCUUCAUGAUCCAGGAGGAGUAUGUGGACCAGGUGUCGGGCCUCAGCGACAAUAAGUUCCAAAAACCCAACGCCUUCUCCCCGCCAUUCCGUUUCGGAACGGUGCCCAACGGAAGCACGGAACGGAACAUCCGCAACAAUUACCCGGAGAUGCACCAGUAUAUGACCAGCUUCCACCAGAAGAACGUGGACGAGGCCCUGGCAAGCCUCAAGGGAGGUAAAUUGGAUGCCUUCAUCUACGAUGCUGCUGUGUUGAACUACAUGGCCGGGAGGGACGAGGGCUGUAAACUGGUGACCAUCGGCAGCGGGAAGGUUUUCGCCACCACAGGUUACGGCAUCGCCAUCCAGAAGGACUCUGGCUGGAAGAGAGCAGUGGACCUGGCCAUCCUCAUGCUGUUCGGCGAUGGAGAGAUGGAGGAGCUGGAGGCUCUGUGGCUGACGGGGAUCUGCCACAACGAGAAGAACGAGGUGAUGAGCAGCCAGCUGGACGUGGACAACAUGGCAGGCGUCUUCUACAUGCUGGGGGCGGCCAUGGCUCUGUCGCUCAUCACCUUCAUUGCCGAGCACGCCUUCUACUGGCAACUGCGCUUCUGCUUCAUGGGCUACUGCACCGGCAAGCCAGGCUUUACCUUCUCCAUCAGCAGGGGCAUCUGGAGUUGUAUCCACGGGGUCCAGAUCGAGGAGAACAAGUCGGCCAUGGACUCUCCAUCGGCCACCAUGAACAUGAACAUGAACAACACCCACUCCAACAUCCUGCGACUGCUCCGCACAGCCAAGGACAUGACCGCCAUCCCGGGGGUCAACGGCUCGCCGCACACGCACGGCGCCCUGGACUACGGUGGCCACCACCGUGGCGGCGGCGAGUCGCCCAGCAUCUACGACAUCUCUGACCACCGGCGCAGCUUGCAAGAGCGCAAGGCCCCACCGCCGCCCUACCUACCCGAGGACAACAUGUUCAGCGACUACAUCAGCGAGGUGGAGAGGACUUUUGGCAACUUGCCCCUGAAGGACAACAACCUGUACCAGGACCAUUACCUGCACCACCACUCAGGCCCGGGACCCGGGCUGGCUCUGGGUAUGUCCGGCCCCCCGCCUAACAGGCCGAGUAGCUUAGGCAGUACCAGUUCAUUGGAGGGAGGGAUGUUUGAUUGUGACAGUUUAGGGGGAGGGGUAGCGCCCAUAUUCACCACACAGCCCCGCGUUGCCUCCCUGACUCACAGGAACACCAAUAAGUUUGACCUGAUCGCCGGCCACACCUCGGCCUCCGGUCAGCAGGGGGGUCAGUUCAAGUCGAACGACCUCUACGGGAGGUUCUCCUUCAAAGGCGGGGCGUCCAGUUCUGGGUUUAUCGACAGGGGCGGUCACGACAGGUACUGCAUGGGUGGAGGAGGAGGGGGUGGCGGGGGCUCGGGGGGCGAUGAUGUGUCGGAUAUAUCCUCACACACCAUCACCUACGGCAAUCUGGAGGGCAACGCCAAGAGGCGUAAACAGUACAGGGACAGCUUGAAAAAGAGGCCCCACUCAGCCAAAUCCAGACGGGAGCAGGACGAGAUUGAUUACCGGAGGCGAGCCCACCACCAUCACACCGUCCACCACCACUUCUCCCGCGGGCCCCUGGGACACCGCUCGGCCUCCCCACCCCUGGUCCCCUCUGAGCGGAAGAGAGGAGGAGGUGGAGGAGGUGGAGGAGGAGGGGGUAACUCUUCACCUUACUUAUUCCGCGACAAAGAAAAUCUGAGGGAGUUCUAUGCGGAGCAGUUCCAUUCCAAGGAGGGCUCUGCCAAGUGGGAGCAUGUGGAUAUGUCUGACGGGCCUUGUCCGAUGGGUGGUAGGGGAGGAGGAGUCGGUGGCAGUAAUAGUGGUAGUGGCAUUUGUAAGAGCCUAGUGCCCGUGGAGGAUUUCCUGAAAGGUAACAAACCCAAGAAGUCAGAGAGUAAAAGUGGCGUAGUCGGAGGAAUGGGCUUGGGGUUGUCAGGACAACAGGCCCACACGUGUUGGGAGAAGAACAUGUCUGAAGUGGGGGGUGGAGGCAUAGCAGGGGGUGACUGGGAGUGUCGGAAUCACAGUGGUGGUGGUGGGGGAGGAGGGAAGUCCAUCUCUCACCAUGGAGGAGGGGGGACCUGUACGCAUGGGAGCGCUAGUGGCGGAGGGGGAGGAGGGGGUGGGAGCGCUAGUGGCGGAGGGGGAAAUAGUCGUCCAAGCUCUGCUACUUGCAAACGGUGCGAGUCGUGUAAGAAACCAGGCAACCUGUACGACAUCAGUGAAGAUAACCUCAUAUUUAGCCAGAUUGGGGGUGGAGGGGGGAAGAGUGGUGAUGUGGGGGGUGCUGGCCAAUCACAAAGUCAUGCACAGCGCAGGAAGCUAGGGCCAGGUGGGCGGGUGUUACGGAGGCAACACUCCUACGACACGUUUGUGGAUUUGCAGAAGGGUGGGGGCGGCGGACGCAUGGGCGGGGGUGGAGGAGGAGGUGGGGGAGGAGGGGGAGGGGGGCAGCUCCUCCCACCCAGAAGCGUGAGCUUGAAAGACAAAGACCGCUACAUGGAGGGCGUUAGCCCAUACGCCCAAAUGUUUGCCCAGUACGCGGAGAGGGACAGAGAUAGUCCCUCCUUUUUCAGUCGGGGUGGUAGUGAGCGGGAGAGGGCGAAAGGAGGCUCCUCCUUCAGUUUGUUCCGAGGCGAACGAGGCGAAGGUGGGUUGCACCGUCGGUCGGUGGGGGAGAAAGACAUGAGGGACAGGGAUAGAAGAAUGAUGGGUGGUGGAGGUGGAGGUGGUGGGGGCGGUAGUGGCAAAGGGGCCGGGACUUACUCCUUGUCUAAAUCUCUCUACCCAGAUAAGGUGACCCAGAACCCCUUCAUCCCAACCUUCGGCGACGACCAGUGUCUAUUACAUGGCGGCAAACCGUACUACGUCAAAAUGUCUCCACAGCAACAGCAACAACCGCCACAGCAUCUCCUCAACAACAGCCGCGGGGACUUCCGAGGCUCCAUGGGGGUGCCUUCAUAUUUGCCGGCGUCAGCCACGACAGGGGUCAUGUCCAAUGUGACCCCCAGGUUCCCCAAUGAUCUGUGUCUCGGGGGAGGGUUGGGGGGGCCCAUGGGGAACCACCAUGGUCCCAGACUGGGAGGCAACAAGCUACUGCCGGUCAGGGACGGGGGGUUAGGGUUGGUGGGGCAGGGCGGCCAGAGACCCUUCAAUGGCUCGAGCAACGGCCACGUUUACGAGAAGCUCUCCAGCAUCGAGUCUGACGUCUGAAAGAAAGAGAUGGAGCUAGAGAACAGGAUAAUUGCUUCUCCGUCUGAGGAGAACGAAUAGACGCUACAUUGUGGACAUCGUUCUCAUAUUUCUAACUGAGGAAGGUUAGUUGGACAAUGGACACUGCGGACAGAGUGAAGGAAAAUGAAGGAACUGUCAAGUGUAACAGAAAGCGACACGACUUCUAAUGAGGAAAUGAAUGGAUUCUGCUGCUUGACUGUGAGGGAGGAGGAGAGAAAUCUCUCCUCCGUUUCUCCUCUCCUUCUUCACUCCCUCUUUUAUCUUUCCCUCUCUUCCGCUCGCCUGCUGUUCCUUACACCAAAACUAACGUUUUGCUUAGCUAUCAGAAAUACAAUCAAAUUAAUGAAAAAUCUAAUACUUUUCUUGAAGUAACAGGGUAAACUAACAAUAAUUGUAUUGAUAAUGUUGUUAAUGAUAUUAUUGAAUAUAAUUAAAUUGUUUAAGAUGUUCAGUUUGGGCUCGUUUUAUUUAUUUUUUAAUAGUUCAUGUUGUUAUAUAUUUGUACUGUUGUUAAUUAUUUGCUAGGCCACCAUAUUACAGGAGACUAAUAGACUAUUUGUUAGGAAGAAAUGUUAGUUAAGUACCAAUACUUUUAGGUUGUGUAAUUCAGAUUUCUUCUUAAUUCUUGAUUUUCCAUAUUUUCUGUUCUUGGAGUGCUGUGAAAAAGUAUACUGUAUGUGAAAGGCAUGAUUUGCUGAGUACAUUUUCCAUAUACUUGACAUCUUAUAGUGAAGGAGAAAGUACUUAUGUGGCAUCAUACUGGUUUGCAGUUUAGAUUUCUUGUUUUGCCUGGCAGUACGUCGGGAGUAGUGGUGAUCUCAGAUACCGAGCGGGAUGUGCCUUACUGAACUCACUACAAUCAUAAAGAUAUGAAGACUCCUCCUCCUAUCGGUAGAAAGGGUGUUCAUUCUGUGGACAAUUCAGUUAUUAACUAGUAAUUCAUAAAGUGGUUAUCAUGUUCUCUGAGAAUCCGCUUAGCUGAGAUUUUGCUUUAAACGAGAUCCACCCACCUGAAAGGAGAGAGAGUUGCAUCAUGGACGAUGUAGUUUUCUGCUCGUUUCACUCGGGUGCUAGUCAAGAGGAUCUUAUCUCACCCUUUAGCUUUCUAUAAAUCAUUUGAUUUACCGUUUUAAAUCCCAACAUAUCACAAGUCCCCCUUAUAUACCCAAAGGUAAACUAUGAAUUACACUUAUUAUAAUUUUUAUAUAUAUUUUUUUUUAUUACUUGGCAUAGAUGCAGUAUUUGCUAAAUAUAUGUAAAUCCCCUUGUAUGCCUAUAUGUUGCUGGGAAGUGAUUCAAUGGAGUUGGACUUUUUCUACUUUUAAGAUAUGGUCUUAAUGGACUGUUGGACCAUGGUCUGGGAAUGGAGAGAUGAACAGCAGGACGUGUUAUUUCAUUUGUAUUAUGGCAGUAAGCUGUUGCUGCUAUAUUAUCAAGACACGUUUAUUAGAAGGGGGAUGGGUGGGGAGUGGUGUGCUGUGAACACAGGGAGGAAAGAAAGUCUCAGUUGGUUUAUUUAUGGUUUAUUUAUUUCAUUUCACCCAGUCACUGUACUGUUACUGUACUGUAUACUCUAUGUCUCUCCUUAAUUCACGUCAAGGACUUGAUCAAACCACUAAUCAUGUUUGACUUACUUAGAAUGUGUUAUAAUUUCUGAGAUAAUUCAGAUAUCACUAAAGGUGGUCACUUGAGAUGGGGAUUUGGGAGAAAAAUCACUAUUUCACUAUUUGUUAGCUUUUUUCUUUCCUUGUGAAUACCAAAACAAAUCAAUCACUUUAUACAGGCCACACAAGACAGUCUGGAUGUAACAUUCAGUAAAUCUCAGUAAACUUUCAACAUUUUGCCGAAGAUGAUUAUGGAAUGUUCUGGCAAUUUCCAUCAAUGGCUUGAUACAUAAGUAGGAUAAAAGGACAAUGACGUAUGUGAAGCUUGAGUACUUGACCAGAGCAUGAUUACCAUUAGCCUAGUAUUAGCAAGAAUUCUUAAUCUCUGCGUUUAAAAUAAAACCUUAUUUGAAUAAUUCUGUCUAUUUCAACCAGAACAACCACUUUUCAUCUAUCACGGCAAAUAUCUUAUGAAUUUACAAAUGUGAUUGAAGGCACUGGACAGUAUUUUCCUUUUGGAAAAUAGUCCUCACAACUGUCCUGGAAGGUACUUGGUGGAAGGUGGAGAAAAGCAAACCAAUGCAAUGAUUAAAAUGAAAAAACAUUGAAUCUCCACAUAGUGUUGAAAGUAACGUUUUCCCCCCUAUUCUAUUAGCAUUGAGUCCAGUGGUCCAUCAAUGAUAACCUCAUGUCCAUGGAAGAUGACCUCAAAGCCACAACUUAUCACAGACAGAUAUCCAGGUCCAAACUGUAUUUGUGUUCACCUCCAUGUCAUUGUUGUAAUAUACAAUUUAGGACCCCUCAUAUCUUCAUUUUAUUUAUUCUAUUUAUGAAUUACUUUAAGUUAUAGCUGUCUGAAAUAUUACAUUUCUAAGUGAUUUGUCAUUUUGCCAAACCAAAUUGUAAGAUCUAAGCACAAUCAGUGUAAUUGAUUAGUUGAUCAAUACUUGUACAUCCCUAUUGAAACUUUGAAAGAUUUUUCCUUCUUUCAUGACUGACAAGUCAGUGUGUAUGAUAUUGAGUCAGUGUAUAAGGACAUGUGUUCGUAAGGACAUGCAUGCAUCAGUGGAAUUUUUUUAUUUUCCCUUUUUUACUUAGACUCUAUUUUAUCCCAAAAGUGGAUGUUUGGGAAUGAUAUCUGGACUUUUUAAUCGAUUUAAUUGAUUCUGAUCCUUGUUGGUGUGUGUUUGUCUCUGUAAAAAGACAAAUAGAAUUUUGCUCUCAAAAUUGUCGUUAUUUUAAAAUAUUUCAAAUUCAGUAAACAGAUGUCAAUAGGAAUAAUUGCUAUGACAGAAAUAGUUUCAACUGAUUUAUUAUGGUACCAGAAGAAGUGUAAGAAGAGAAGUUCAGGCUUCUCUGCUCCUCUUGACGUUUGGUUGUAAAUACCUGUGAAUGAGGUGAAGGUAUUGGUAUUAUUAAAUGCCCGUGAAUGAGGUGAAGGUAUUGGUAUUAUUAAAUGCCUGUGAAUGAGGUGAAGGUAUUGGUAUUAUUAAAUGCCUGUGAAUGAGGUGAAGGUAUUGGUAUUAUUAAAUGCCUGUGAAUGAGGUGAAGGUAUUGGUAUUAAUAAAUGCCUGUGAAUGAGGUGAAGGUAUUGGUAUUAGUAAAUGCCUGUGAAUGAGGUGAAGGUAUUGGUAUUAGUAAAUGCCUGUGAAUGAGGUGAAGGUAUUGGUAUAACGUUUUUAUGAAGUGAUGAACCAGCUUUGAUUUUCAAUGCUUUUGCUUGUUUUUCCCUAAAACCUCUCUUUCUUCAGUAAGUUUCUUUCUUUCUUUCUUUCUUUCUUUCUUUCUUUCUUUCUUUCUUUCUUUCUUUCUUUCUUUCUUUCUUUCUUUCUUUCUUUCUUUCUUUCUUUCUGUUGUUGUAUGUGCCUCAGUACAUACGCUUGAUUACCUCUGUGUGUGUGUGCGCGUGUGUGUGUGUGUGUGUGUGU